UUGUCGGUUGUAAAAUAUUUCACCCUUUUUUUUUAUAGAAGUAGUUUACAGAAAAAGUGGUAAUAUCACAAAAAACAUUUUUUAAAUUUUAUUAAAAAAUAUAUUCCAACUUUUGUUACUUAAUGUUUUUUAUUUAAAUUUCCAAUAUGGGACGUAUUUUAAUUAUAGUUCUCUCAUGUUUAAUUGUUGUUUUAAGUGCUCAAUAUUCUGGGGAUUCUUUUAAUCCAUUUGCCGAAUUAAAAUGUGGUGAUAUUUUUACAAGGGUUUGUGAAAAAUCGAAAUUUAGAACUAUGGAUGGUACAUGCAAUAAUAAAUUGCAUCCCACUUGGGGUAUGUCUUUCACGAGAUUUAAUCGUCUUGUACCAGCAAAUUAUGCAGAUGGAUAUUUUUCACCAAGAGUUGCUAAAAGUGGCAAAACGCUACCACUAGCACGUAUUCUCAGUCGAAUUUUAAGUCCGGACAAAAGAUUAAUUGACAAGAAGCAUACGGCAUUAGUGAUGCAAUGGGCACAAGUUGCAACCCACGAUAUGAUUCAAUCAGAUUUUCGCGAAGUUACACCGGAAACAAAUUGCUGCUCAGAACAAGGAAAAUUAGUUCGUGAUCCCGCCAAGUAUCCCCUUUGUUAUCCUGCUCUUGUGCCAAAGGACGAUCCUGAUUAUGCAAAAAGGGGUAUCGAGUGUUUUAAUUUAUUUAUUCGGAGAAAUACGGAUGUUAAUCGUGGAUGCUCUGCACAAAAUGGUGUUCAGAAUCAGUUAACAAUGACUACUGCUUACUUUGAUCUUUCGCUUGUGUACGGAUCGACGGAUAAAGAGGCUGCGAGUUUACGGGAACAUAAAGGUGGUAGAUUACUGACGGAGAUUCGUGGAGAUCAGGAAUGGCCACCACGUAGUGAUACGUGUGUCCCGAAUGCGGAAACUUGCUACAAAACAGGUGAUAAGAGGACAAAUCUAGGCGUUCAAUUAGCAUUCUUCGUGGUUGCUCUACUACGACAACACAAUCGAAUGGCGGCAGAAUUAUCAAAAUUAAAUCCUCACUGGGAUGACGAGAGACUUUAUCAAGAGACAAGAAGAAUUUACAUUGCACUCAGUCAACAGAUCACGUACAAUGAAUUAUUACCCAUACUUUUAGGGGAAGAGAAUGCGCAGAGGGAAAAAAUCACUUAUAAGACAAAUAAUUAUGUUAAUGAUUACGAUCCAUCUGUGGAUGUUGGUGUUGUAAGUGAAAAUGUUGCCGCAGUCUUGAGAUCUUUUCACACUUUGCUUAGCGCUGACUACAACAUGGUAAAUGAAAAACGUGACCCACCUCUCAAAAAAGCAAACAUAAAUUAUUUAUUUAACGAUCCAAAAAUCGUUGAGAAGGGUGACAAUUACCAUUGUCUUUUGAGAGGUUUAGCAACACAACCACAAGAAGGAGCCGAUCAAUAUUACGAUAAAAUGUUUACAGUUGACCUGUUUCUUGGGACAAACGUAACAAUUACUGAUGGACGAGCAUUGGAUAUUCAAAGAGGACGGGAUUAUGGCAUUGGCACAUACAAUCAAUGUCGAGAAUUAUGUGGCUUCAAACGAGCUGCGAAAUGGAAAGACUUUUUGGAUUUCAUCCCAUCCAAAGACGUGAAGCAUAUGAAGAAAAUUUACGAGAGUCCAGAAGAUGUUGAUUUGACGGUAGGUGGUUCAGUGGAAAAUCUCGCUUCCGGAGCACUAGUUGGACCAACUUUCCAAUGUUUAUUAAAUAAACAAUAUCUCAGAGCUAGAGUUGGAGAUCGAUUUUUCUUCGAAAAUGGAAAACGCGGAAAUCCUUUCACUUUAGAUCAACUGAAUGAAAUUCGAAAAUACACCAUUUCGAGAUUGAUUUGCGACAAUACUGAUACUAAAUCAAUGCAACGUCGUGGAUUCUUGCAAAUUUCGAAAGAAAAUCCACUUGUCGAUUGUGAAUCAAUUCCGAAAAUCAACUUAUCCCUUUGGAAGGAAUAAUAUUAAUUUCCAUAUUUUUUCUAAAACAAAUAUAAUGUGAAUUGUUGUAAAAUGAAAAAUGAAAAUAAAAUGAAAUUAAAUUAAAAA